UUGAGGGCGUGACUAAUUUCUGCAUACCUAUACAAGAUGCUAUAAAUGCACACAGGUGUUGCCAUUAAUAACAGAAGAGAUUUUUCCAAUAGGAGAGACACACUGACUCGAAGAGCAGACUGAGCGCAAGAUUGCCCUUUUGAUUUGCAUUAAUUUCAUCAUAAAGGUCAUACAUUUGUUAAAAAAUGUGUGGAUCCUUGGGUGAGCGUUUCAGGGAGUGUCUGGCAAAGCGAAGAAACAACAGGGCCAGACUAGUGAGUAAAGAUGGUCACUGCAACAUUGAAUAUGGAAACAUCAAGUACAGCAAGCACUACGUCUUUGUGGCUGAUUUCUGGACGACGUUUGUGGAGAGCCGAUGGCGGUAUGUUCUCUUAUUUUUCAUUGGCUCUUUCACCCUCACCUGGUUCAUCUUUGGACUGCUGUGGUACUGGAUUGCUCUUAAUAAUGGAGACCUGUAUUGGCAAAACCCAGCCCCAGACCACAACGUAUGUAUAUGGGGUGUUAACUCACUCUCUGGUGCAUUCCUUUACUCCAUGGAAACCCAAACAACUAUUGGGUAUGGUGUACGUGCAGUCGCGCCUUACUGUGCUGGUGGUGUGGCCCUUGUCAUAAUCCAGGCCGUCUUUGGAGCCUUCAUCAACUGCUUCAUGUGUGGACUCAUCAUGUCAAAAAUUGCUUCACCCAAAAAAAGGGGAAAGACCAUCACAUUCAGUGAAAUGGCUGUCAUCAGCCCCAGAAACGGUUCUCUCUGCCUGUCAAUCAGAGUGGCCAACCUGCGCAAGACUCUAACAAUUGGAAGCCAGAUUUAUGCCAAAUUGUUGAAAACGACAACUACACCAGAUGGGGAGACAAUCAUCAUGGACCAGGUCAACGUUGAUUUAAUGGUGGAUGCGGGAAAGGACACACUCUUCUUUGUGAGUCCUCUCACACUCUACCACACCAUAGACAAGAACAGCCCUUUCUUGGAUAUGACAGAGGACACGCUCCACAAGCAAGACUUUGAGCUGGUUGUUUUUCUUGACGGCAUAGCAGAGACCACUAGCUCAUCCUACCAAGUGCGGACCUCCUUUAUCCCUCAGGAGAUCAUGUGGGGCUAUGAGUUCUUGCCCAUAAUUUCCAAAAGCAAGGAGGACAAAUACAGAGUGGACUUUUCCAACUUUUCCAGGGUUGUACCUAUGGUCACUCCACACUGUUUUUAUUGUUUCUACAACAUCAGUGAUCACCAUCACCAUGCCAGGGAUGGAUAUGACAACCAGGGCUUUGAGGUAGUUGAAGUUGGUGAUGAAUCAAGAGCCACUCAGAUGUGACCUAGAAACACUAGCUAGUAGUGAACAUUAGAAACCGUGACUGGACUGGCAGGGGCAAACGCCCCAAUGAUCUACAGUAGAUGACAAAUAGAUGCUUGGGGUAGGAGUUACCUAAUAGCAGACAAAACAUUAAGUAGCAUUGCAAUGUUAAAUAGAUAAAGGUACUCGUUUCAUAACAUGCUGUGUAUUAGGUAUUCAAAAGUACACACACUCACUGUUGAACAAAUAAAAUCUUUUUGUUGCUAGUCAGGAUCAUGUGACACGAUGGGGCUAGAGUUGUAGGGCAUGGAAAGGAAUGUCUUCCUAAAGACUAGUACUAUGCACAUGUGUUAGACAAGUGAUUCAAAUUCACCUCAUGUUCUUUCAGUUUGUAGAGUAUGGCAAGGCAGCAAACUAGGGAAUCAUCUCAUACCUAGAUCUUGAAAUUACUUCAAGGGGCUCUGUUUUGAGCCAUAUUAAUCAACACUGGGACAAAGGCAAAAUGGUUGUUGAAUAAUUCAUAUACAGUAGGGUGCUAUAAACAAAGCGAUGUUUUGAUCCGAAUCAUUAACAUGUAAUUAAACAUUCAGACAGGGUGGCAGUAGCUACCAGUUGGGCUCAGGGGGCAGUCUUUCCAGUCUGUGUGGGUUUUUUCUUUUUGAUUUUUUUUUUGCCUUUAGUAAACACUGAGAAAGAACAGGAAGCACUUUCACUUUAAAUGCAUCGAGUACUAUUAUAAUAUGAAUACUCUAUUAUUGGUUAUUUAUGUUUAUGUUUUGAUUAAUCUUAAUUUUUACUAUACCCCUAAUAAAUGCUAUUAUCUGAUCAAAAAUUGUUUUGUUGUAUUAUUAUCUGUUUUUAGAAUUGUAAGAAGAGGGUUAUUUAAAAUGCCAAAGCCAACAUAAUGACAGGCGCAAACUACUGUGGCGUGUUUUUCACCUGAGACAUUGACAGAAAACGUGAAGUGCUGCUUACUACCAAUCCUUUUGUCUGUUGGCUCUGAACAGAAACCAGAACUCUCAAAUCAGGCAAAUACCAGCACAUGUUGUAGGGUAGCAGGACGCUUCAAUGGGUUUCAUAAGGGUGGACCUACCAUUGACCUCGCUAAUAAACUGCACCCAGAACUAUUCAUAUAUAUGAUGUAAGCUCAUCAGAGUUACACAGGUUGCAUAGCUUUAGCUGCAUUUUAUACUUUCAUGUGAAGUCUUCUGACCCAGGGUCUUUUAUUUAAUUUGGCUAGUUAGUCCUUUUAGUUCAGGGUAGACAGAUAGUGCCAUAGUGACUGAGAUAGGCUUUAAGGUUUCAGUUUGAUGACUCUUGAGCUAAAUUACUUGAAUUUGUUAUCAGCCACAUAUUUAAACUUUUGCAUAUUGAUUAAGUUCUUAUGUCUGUGUCUUUUGUAGGCCCAGUUUCUCAAAAUUUUGUAUCAGCAGCUUUUUCUUCAUGUGUCCCAACACAAGUUACAGACAGGCAAUGGGGAAAAAACAUUAGAGGUAAAAACAUUUAUUUUGUCACAUUUUACUAUACAAAAGCCCUUUUUGAAAAGGUAUUACUUCAUACAUUUCAGCAAUGACCAUAAUAAUAAUACAAUGGUUAAUUGUAAAAUUAUACACAAAUAUAUAUAUAUAAAUUUUUUGAUAUCCAAAAUACAUUGCAUAUACGAAGUAGCACAGAUCCCUUUUCACUGAUAAUGCAUAUGAAAGAUGGAAGUUAAGAGUACAUUAGAAUAGUUUUUAUGCUACAAAUUAGGUUCCCUUGGUAUUUGUUCUUUAAAAGCUAUAAAUCUUCAGAAAAAGCUGUUUGAGGAUAUUAGUACUGUCGGCAUUAUUUUGCAUAAAAUACCUGAAACUCUUUAAUGUACAGGAAAAGCCACCAAUCCCAGGAUCAUCUGAUAUGAAACGUGAUUCACCAUCACAAGGCAUUAUCAUACAGAGUAAAGGAAUUCCUUGGGUGUUGGGUUAUGAUUGAAGCAGGCAUUUAUAGUUUGGGAAAUAAAAAAGAAAUUCCUUGUGCACAUCAAGGCACAUAGGGUGUAACAACCAACACAAUAACAACAACAAGAAAAAAAUGUUAAAAUGUAUUGUCCAAAUGUACAGAUAUAAUAACAUUUAAGAUGCUGAACACAUCACUUAGUAGCCAGUGAUCCCCAAACCGGUUCUCAAGGCCCUCCCAUGUCUUCCAGUUAUCUCUACCCUACUCACUGCUGAUUACCUAGAUCAGGUGCUCUCUGUCUGUCAAAAGCAGUAAUAAGGAUUGGAUAUGGCAGGUAUAGCUGGAAAAAACACAGGUGAGUAGUCCUCAAGGCCCAGGUCUGGGAUCCCCUGGCUUAGCAGAACUGGACUUAAAAGGUUUGCAUUUUUGACCGAGGUCAACUCGUAUUAAUUCUCUCGACUUUUUUCUGUGUCACAUAUGAAAAUAACUCUGCAUAAUUUAUACAGUAAGUUGCUUUAAUGCCUAGUUGAUUGAUGCUUAUAAAAUAAUAAAAAAUAGGUCUGACAAACGCACAGCGUUUGCGAAUCUGAGGAUUUCUUUGUUUCAUCUCGUCAUACUUCAUUGGUUUUGUUCUCUGAUAAACUACUUAGACCCAAGUAAUUUAUUUUCAAGUGUCCAUUUUUUCAGUUCCUCCAAAGCAAUUCUUUUGCCAUAAACAGCAUUGAACACCUGAAGAUGGAUAUGUUUCAACAUGAUACUGUUACAUGAUGAUGAUGAAAUCCUGACUCGAUUCAUGUGCAUGUGGCUGGGCUGUAGAUCAGUGAGAAACUAACAUUCAAACAAAUAUGCUGCUCUCAAACUAGGACCCAGCCCUGGUAAAAAAAAGCAUCUUUACUGUGUGUUACAAUGACUUAUUGCUAAUCCACUUCUCUGUGCUGACCUAUUUGGUCCUGACUGGCCUUCAUAGAGGGAGGAAACACUGUAACAGCUUUUCUGCUAGACUGCACGUCAAAAUCAAAAA